UGAAGUAUGGCCGACGGAAAAGGAAAUUCAUGGGCAUUGUGGGAAGAAUUGUACUUCUACGUAGCCAUUGGUACACGUUGAAAGCAGCCGCUAAAUUAUACUUCUGUGCUCUUACCAAGAUGUCAGGGUUUGGCCAGGCAGAUGAUGGCUUCUUCCAAGCUGACUACUCUGGUUAUGAUCAGCAGCAGACUUCUGGCUAUGAUAUGGGAGACAUGCCGCCAGAGCAACAAUUUGGUCAGUUUGACUACUCAGGCUAUGGUCAGCAGGGUGGCCAGUACCCAGGGGUCAGUUCCCCCCAGGGUCAGUACAUGGGCUCCAUACUGACCCCUGAUCCUGCAGCCUCUUUCACAGCUCCAGGGGGACCCGAGGACUAUGAGAAUGAACCUCCUUUGUUAGAAGAGCUUGGACUAAACUUUGAUCACAUUGUGCAGAAGACGUUAACUGUGUUAAACCCACUGAAGCAUGCUGAUGAGAUGGUGGUGCAGGACGCGGACCUGACUGGCCCCCUAGUGUUCUGUAUGGGGUUUGGAGGAACACUUCUCUUGGCAGGCAAAGUUCACUUUGGCUACAUCUACGGUAUAGGAGUGCUGGGCUGUAUUUCCAUGUACUGUCUGAUGAACAUGAUGAGUAAAGUCAGUGUUUCCGUGGGCUGCGUGAUCAGUAUUCUGGGCUACUGUCUGCUGCCUAUGGUGAUACUGUCCCUGGUGGCUGUGCUAUUUUCAUUAAAGGGUACAGUGGGGAUGAUAUUGACAGUGAUAGCAGUGAUGUGGUGUAGUUUCUCAGCCAGUAAACUCUUUGUAACAGCACUGAAUAUGGACCAUCAGCAGCCUCUGGUGGCUUAUCCCUGCGCCCUGGUCUAUGGGGUGUUUGCUCUCCUGGCUGUGUUUUAGGAGCACAGGAUCAACGGAAUAAUAAGAAAUUUUGGUCAUGGACAUGGACUCUUAUGUGGUCUAUGGGGUGUUUGCUCUCCUGGCUGUGUUUUUAGAGCACAUGAUGAACGAAAAAGAAAACAAAUUCUGGUCAUGGACGGGGACUUUUGUAUGGCGUAUGGAGUGUUUGCAUUCUGGGCUGUGUUUUAAGUGAUACAUGAUGAAGGAAAAACCACAAAAACAUGAAAAUUGGACUCACUAGGACACAGACCAGAUACAAGUUUAACCAAGAUUGUUUGAUUGAUAUAGAUCAGAAGCAUUUCACUGACAUAGACCCUGCUGGUUGUUAAAGGACAAGUGAGAUUGAUGAGACUGUUUUUGGAGUGAGAAAAGCAUCAUGGAUUAAUGCUAUUUACUGGUUAAAACAGCCAAGAGCACGCAUCAUUUAGAGCAGUCUCUUUUGGGCCUAGUGUAAAAAUGGUGCAUUUAUUUGCUAACACAGUGCAUGUUUGCUGUUUAUUUUGGAGUAAGCCCUGAUGAUUCUCUCCGAUUUAGGCGUGAAGACAUCUGUUGCAGUUUGUACACAUAUUUCAUUUUGAAGGUGCUAUGAACAUCCAUUUUCAAAUUUUCACUUUCAAAUAAGUGAGACAUGACAUAUUUCAUGUGGACAAAUGUUCUUGUAUGAAUUAUAUUGGAAAAAGAAAAAAAUUUUAGCUGAACUGAAUACUUAUCCCCUUUUUUCUUGAUUGUGAAAGAAUUUUGCCUCGUUAAACUUGUAGUUUUGGUAGGCUGAUAUGAAUACAACAACAAUACAUAUACAUGGUACCAACAUUGAGGCACUCAGCAUACAUUGAUCUGAUAUUAACCAUGUUUUUAUGUUACAAAUAGGUUACAAACAAUACAAGACCUAUUUUAAGCACAUCGAAGACAAAAUGGACAUGGUCAUAGCUAGGUUCUGGCAAGUAAGGCACAUGCCAUAUCUUUUAUAUCCCAAGAUAUAUAUAUAUAUAUAUAUAGCCAAUGCUAGGUAAAAUAUCCCCCCCCCC